AUGGAUAGUGGCAUUCGCGUAGAUGGGGACGCCUUGGUUAAGUUCAAGGAAAUGCUUAUACGACAUAGCUACAAGUACAUUGUGCUGGUGAUCGAAAACGAUAAGUGUGUAAUUAAGGAGUGUGGCAAUGGGGGCGUCGAUGAUUUGCUAGCUGCCCUGAAAGAUACACCUUGUGCAUUCGUCUGCUUUGACAAGGGGAAAUAUGUCAACUUCUUCAUGUAUGCAACCGAGGCUGCCACAACCAAUGAUCGUACUAUAUACUCUACUACCAAGUCUGCAGUGCACAAGAGUUUGGCCGGUUCUAAAAUUGUCGGUAAUCUCGUAGAAGACGCUAACGAGGUCAGGGAACUGUGCUCCUAG